AUGGCCGACUCUCUUACCGAGGAGCAGGUCUCCGAGUUCAAGGAGGCAUUCUCUCUGUUUGACAAGGAUGGAGAUGGUCAGAUUACCACCAAGGAGCUGGGCACCGUCAUGCGUUCCCUGGGCCAAAACCCGUCCGAAUCGGAGUUGCAGGACAUGAUUAACGAGGUGGAUGCUGACAACAACGGCACCAUCGACUUUCCUGAAUUCCUGACCAUGAUGGCCCGAAAAAUGAAGGACACUGAUUCCGAGGAGGAGAUCAGAGAGGCAUUCAAGGUGUUUGACCGUGACAACAAUGGGUUUAUCUCGGCAGCAGAGCUACGUCAUGUUAUGACUUCUAUUGGCGAAAAACUCACCGACGAUGAGGUUGACGAGAUGAUUCGGGAGGCUGAUCAGGACGGCGACGGCCGAAUUGAUUGUAUGGAACCAUCAAGCCGAGCCUUUCGAAACGUUCCUCUACUAAUCCGUUUGGCAGACAACGAAUUUGUCCAGCUUAUGAUGCAGAAGUAA